UUCCAUAGACAUUUAACUCUUUCUCAUAAUUUUUUAUGUCAUUAAAUAAUUGUUCCAUUACAAUUGAAUGGACUACAAUAAUAGUAGUAAUAAUAAUGACAGCACAAUAAAAUGAUCAAAAUAAAAUAUUUGAAACUAUACUUUUGAACAUUUGAAUAGAAAAAUAGAAUUCAAUUAUCUAUAACUGGCCUGGAGUCUCACGAGAUGUACUCAAAUCACCCACAACAACGGGUCCGAUCGUGUUGGUUUGUUGGUUUGUUGGUUUUGUGGCGUGUGUGCAAAUGUACGCUCCAUGAAGCCUGUUGAUCAAAUAACCAAUGAUCAAAUUGGCGAAGGCAAGUUGCAGGUUUGCGGGCGGUUUUGCGUCCCUUCCCAAUCAGCUUACAGUAACAGAUUGAACGCGGGUUGGGCUCGGGCCACGUUUGCCUUUGACACGCGAGGAAUUAUUUCUCAGCGGGGCGGCGAAAUGCGAUAGAUGUCCACCUCCUUGCUUUAUCGGCGCUCCGGAUGGCUUGCCCUGUUUUUAAUGAGGAGAUUUGCGUGCGCCAAAGAGAGAUUAUGGUGGCAAACGUCGCAAGCUGCCGCCUGUCACGCGUCGCCAUCAACACGAGAUGACGCGUUGUCACAUUGAUGUGUGGAAUUUUGACAUUUGGUCCACGGAGCACUUUUUCCAAACAAAUAAUUGCUUUUUUUUUUUUUGGUCCAAGCGUCCAGCCCUUCCUCUUUGUUUGUGGCCAGCAGGAGGCUGGAGGCUUUAAGCCUGCCAGCCAGCAAGUCUGGCAUCCCGUGAGGCGACAGGCCUAAGUACCCAUUGACCAGACUCCAGCAGCACCAGAAAAUGAAAAGAAGCUCUUCUGUCCUCCUGGUGCGAGGAACUGGGACGCCUCCUCCUGCUGCGUCACCAAAAGAACCGACAGAACGAGCCCCCGGGAAAAGUGCCCAUGCAGCCCCCCAUGAGCUCCAUGAAGCCCGGCCUCUCGCACGGAGAUGGGUCUUUUCCCUACGACUCGGUUCCCUGGCAACAGAACACCAAUCAGCCUCCAGGUUCCCUGUCGGUGGUGACCACCGUCUGGGGCGUCACCAACACCUCGCAGAGCCAGGUUUUGGGGAAUCCCAUGACCACCAACAACAAUCCCAUGAACCCGGGCGGCAACCCAAUGGCUUCGGGGAUGUCUGGUAAUAAUCCUGGGAUGAACCCCUCUCAGUUCAGCGGUCCGCAGCAGCAGUUCCCCAGCAAGGGCACCGCCAACCAGGGCUACAUGCAGCAGGGCAUGUACGGACGACCCAACUAUCCCGGCGGAGGCGGCUUUGCUGGCAGCUAUCCUGGGGGCCCCAAUGCUGGACCCGGAGGAAUGGGCAUGCCUCCGCACUCGCGUCCGCCGUCGGACUUCGCUCAGCCUGCGGCCGCCGCCGCCGCCGCCGCGGUGGCCGCCGCCGCCGCCACGGCGACCGCCACUGCCACCGCCACUGUAGCCGCUCUGCAGGAGACUCAGAACAAGGACAUGAAUCAAUACGGACCAAUGAGUUCCUCUUUCCAGAUGGCACCAAACCAGGCCUACAAUAGCCAGUUCAUGAACCAGCCAGCACCACGUGGGCCCGCAUCCCACCCCGGGAACAUGGGCUCAGGCAUGAAUGCGUCCAACAUGAGCGGCCCCCCAAUGGGGAUGAACCAACCCAGGGCUCAAGGCAUGGGACCCUUUGGAGGUCACGGCCAAAGGAUGCCCCAGCACGGGUAUGCGGGAGCCCGGCCUCAGGGCGUGCCUAUGCAGGGCAUGAAGAGGCCCUAUCCAGGCGAGCCUAACUACGGGGGGCAGCAGUAUGGACCAAACAACCAGUUCCCCAGCCAGCAGGGCCAGUACCCGACACCCAAUGCUUCCAGGCCGCUGCCGUCCAGCAACUACCCCGGCCAACGGACGCCAGGACAGCAGCUCCAAUCCCUAUAUCCGCCACCCAGCGGUCCCAUGGGACAGUAUUACAAGCAAGAGCCGCCUUUUAAUGGCCAAAGCACCAACUUUUCUGGGAGUGGUUAUCAGUACAGCCAGGGCAAUAUGAAUGGGCCACCCAGACCAAUGGGCAACUACCCCCACUCCCCAGUACCGGGCAACCCCACCCCUCCGAUGACCCCGGGAAGCAACAUCCCUCCGUAUUUAUCACCCAGUCAGGACGUGAAGCCGCCAUUUCCUCCGGACAUCAAACCAAAUAUUACUGCUCUUCCUCCACUGCCCGCCAACCACAACGAGGAGCUGCGCCUCACCUUCCCGGUGCGUGACGGGGUUGUCCUGGAGCCUUUCAGGCUGGAGCAUAACCUGGCAGUCAGCAAUCACGUCUUCCACUUACGGCCCUCGGUGCACCAGACACUCAUGUGGAGGUCGGAUCUGGAGCUGCAAUUCAAGUGCUACCACCACGAGGACCGGCAGAUGAACACCAACUGGCCGGCGUCGGUGCAGGUCAGCGUCAACGCCACGCCGCUCACCAUCGAGCGCGGCGAUAACAAGACUUCCCACAAGCCCUUGCACCUGAAGCACGUCUGCCAACCGGGCAGGAACACCAUCCAGAUCACCGUCACAGCCUGCUGCUGUUCGCACUUGUUUGUGCUGCAACUGGUCCACAGGCCGUCGGUCCGCUCCGUCCUCCAGGGUUUACUGAAGAAGAGGCUCUUACCGGCCGAGCACUGCAUCACCAAAGUCAAGAGGAACUUCAGCAGCGUGGCGUCGUCGUCGGGCAACGCCGCCCUCAACGGCGAGGACGGCGUGGAGCAGACGGCCAUCAAGGUCUCACUUAAAUGUCCCAUCACUUUCCGGCGAAUACAGCUCCCAGCCAGAGGGCACGACUGCAAGCACGUUCAGUGUUUCGAUUUGGAAUCGUAUCUACAAUUGAACUGCGAGCGGGGCACGUGGCGAUGUCCUGUGUGCAACAAAACGGCAUUGUUGGAAGGGUUGGAGGUGGACCAGUACAUGUGGGGCAUCUUGAAUGCCAUUCAAAACUCCGAGUUCGAGGAAGUGACGAUCGACCCGACGUGUAGCUGGCGGCCGGUAGCCAUCAAGUCGGAACUCCACAUCAAGGAGGACCCGGACGGUCCUCUGGCCAAGCGCUUCAAGACCAUGAGCCCCAGCCAGAUGAUCAUGCCCAACGUCGUGGACAUGAUCGCCCAGCUCGGCCCCGGACCCUCGCCGUACCCCUCGCAGCACGGGGGCAUCAACGGCGAAUACGGCGGUCAAGGCAACAGUUACCAGGGCCACGGCAACUUUGAGUUCCCGCACGGAACGCCGGGCGCGACGUCCAUGAACGAUUUUAUGCACGGACCCCAACUGUCGCACCCGCCCGAUAUGUCCAACAGCCUGAUGAGCACGGACAAGCCUCUUUCCCACAGCAUGCCCGACACGAUACCUCACUCCUCCGUCAACGAGCCGUCGCACGGCACGUUGCAGCAAAGCAUGCACGGGUCGCCGCGUCCGGGCGGCCAAUCGGGGCAGCAGCAGCGCCACCACAGCGGACCCCCGCCCCCUUCGCGGCAACCCCCGCCGCCCCCUCCUCCUCCUCCUCCUCCUCAGCAGCAGCAGCAGCAGCAGCAGCAGCAGCCCGGUCCAAACAGCCACCCCCACGGCGAUCUGACAUUCAACACCUCCAGCGGUUUGGACAGCCAGGCCGGGUCGGACAUGCCCGAACCUUCUUUAGACCUUCUUCCAGAGCUGGCCAACCCGGACGAGCUGUUGUCCUACUUGGACCCGCCGGACCUCCCCAGCAACAGCAACGACGACCUCUUGUCGCUCUUCGAAAACAAUUGAGGCUCGUCGGGGACUGAAAACAAAAACAAACAAAAAAAGACUCAGUACUUGACGAACACAACAAAGAUGCACUCCCCUUCUCUUCUUCCUCUUGUAUAGUUUGGCUUCAGAAAGGACGUUUUUAAAAAAAAAAAAAAAAAAAAAAAAAAAAAAAAAAAGCCGUCGGGAGGUAACGUUUGAAUUGUGCGGCUAUAAUCAAUUGUUUUGACUCCACGUGCAUCCACUUGCAGCAUUUAUGAUCAUCAUAAUUGAAGGAACCGGGUUUGACGAACAAUCCGCCCUAUGUCAUUUCAAAAGCACAAGAUAAUUCAUUACUUCCCUCAACAUUCGGAAUCUCUGAAAGUGAAGCGCUGUGAAUACUUUCCUGAUGCACCGAGUGCAUUCAGAAAGUAUUCGCAACGCUUCCCUUUCUCCACAUUAUGCUAUGUUAAAUCCAUGUUUCAGAAUGUAAGCAAAUGUUGUCAAAUAAAAUCACAUUUCAUUUCAGAUGGCCGUAAAUACAAAGGAAAGUGUUUUUCCACAUACACUUCAGCCCAAAAUUGUUCACGCAUGAGUAAAUAAAUUCACAGUUUCUCACACUGGACGCUGCAGUUUUGUGCUCCGCAGUCUCCAAGUUGCUGCAGCGGCCCUUAGUUUCCUCUUGAUACAAUUUUCUCUGGAGAAGUACAGGAGACGCUAGUUCUGCCAGUGUCUCUUUUAGGCUGAUGCGUUUAAUGGAGGACAGUUUUCACAGCUUUCCUGCUCUGCCAUUCGUCCCCUCUUGGAGAAAACAUAUCUUCUCACCAUGGAUAACUUCAGCAAACACGUAUUUUUUUUCGUGUUUAUAGUCUCCAUGUUGCUGCAGUGACCCUUAGUCGUGCAUUUUCUUACUGUGGAGUAUUUGCUUUUUUUCAGACCUAUAUAUUUUAAAAUUUGUCAAAAGUUCUAAAUCAAUUUAGGCUUGGAAAUCUCUUUAUUUAUAUAAAAUGAGUAUGAAAAGAAUUUCAAUGCUUCAUUUGUAAUGAGUCCCAAUCAUUGAUUAAAUGCCCAUUCCUUCGUUCUCUAUUUUCUGCUACACAACAACGGUAUCGCUCAGUCUGUUAAAUGAGGCUCAGUGUGCUAAGCUAAUGUGUUUUGUAUUUUUUUUUAUUUUAUAGAAACGCUAACAUAGAAGGCAAAUUGUUAAUGCACCGAUUUACUGGAUUUUUCUUUUGUUUUUGUUUCUUUGUUUGUUGUCUCAUUGAAGCAAACAUGAUUUGGGAAACUGCUCACCAAAGUUGGAAGGGUGAGAAUGACGUUUGUGUGUGUGUGUGUGUGUGCGUGUUGAAAGUUAUAGUUGAUCCAUCGCAACAUGGAUCGUAAACGCAGUAUUUGUGCUACAUUUCCUUGACUGUGUGUUUGAUGCAAAGAGUGCUGUUCAAGUAUGCAAAUGUAUUAUUAUUUUCUAAGAAAUGCUAUUGUGAUUGUAAAAUAUCAUUGUGAAUAUUUUUCUAUCAUCUCGAUGAAGAAACAAAACAAAAAAAACUUUCUUUCAUCCUCUUCCUCCUCACAUUAACCACCCACACUUGGCAGCCCAAAAUGUCUCCUAAGUUAUUUCCUGUCUGUCAUUUAAAAAAAACAUUUUUUUUUAAAGUAAACACAUAAGCCAGCCAGAGAUACGGAACUGUCUGUCCAUCCAUCCAUCCAUUUAUUUUUAUUUUAUUUUUUUUUAUAUUUGCUGGUAUUUACUGUAUGAAUCAUUGUUGUCAACACGUUGGUAUAUUAAGUUAUAUCAGGCGUAUAUUUGAAGGAAAAAAAAAACAUUUUAAAAGAUUAUUUUUUAAAGUUGUUUUGGUUGUUGUAAUAUAUACUAUAUGUCAUCUCCUUGCCCCAACCUUUUCUUGUGGUAAGUUGUUUUGUACUUUUUGAUUAUUAUUAUUAUCUAAGGCUAGAAAUCAAAAUGUCUCUCACUGUUGACUUUUUAAAUUAUUGUUUUCAUAAAAUUUCUGCCUUAUUGGUUGCCAUAUACAUGCUAUCCCCCAACAUCUCCCUUCUUGAAAUUUAUUUUUUUGACUAUUAAUCAGUAAGGCUAAAAUUUCAAUAUCUCGCUGUAGCCUGUUUUUUUUAUUUUUAUUAUUAUUAUUACUGCAUUUUUUUUGUUGCUCUAUACAUUCCACCUUUUUUGUAAUUUAUUUUGUACUACUUUUCUGGGUGUUGUUUAAAAAAAAAAAAAUUCCUUACUGGCUUUCAUGUAAUGUGAACAUCAUUGUUGUCAAUACGGUGGAAUUUUAAUGAGCAUAUUUUAAAGACUGUCACAGUAUUGUUCAUAUUGUUUGUUGUUAAAUGAAUCUGGCUUUUUUACUAUAUUGUAUACGUUUCAACCCCUUCUUGUUUUUUUUGUUUUGUUAAUUUGUCUUUCUUUUUAUUCAUAUCUAAGGCUAGAACUCAAUUGUCUCUCACUGUAGCCUCCCUCAGCAUUUUAUGUCAUUGAAUUCACUUCUUCCAGUUCAGAACACUGACAAAAAAAAAAUCUUUGACUAUACACUGCCACAUAAUUUUAUUUAUUUUUUUAUACUAUCUGAAAGGAGAGGUUGGAUGAAUUCAUGUUUAUUUCUUGCAUACAGGUGAGCCACUUUUGUGUACCCUCAAUCUGUAGUUGCACAAUCACAUUAAAGGAUCUUGCUUGAAAGAAUUUUUUUUAAAAUGAAGCGCGGAGGGCAAAGCGAGGUCAUGUGUGCUAAAGAUGUCUGUAAAUAUGUAAAUGAAUAUAGAGACGUGAACAGAAAUGUAUUCCUGUUCCCUGGGAAUGUGCAUUGUUUCCUCCGAAUAAUAAAAAAAGCUUGCAACCCCUCUA